AUGGCCUCAGAACACACAGUGACUAAAGUCCUGUUGGAGUGGAUCAACAGCUUCUCCCUGGGCAAGACCCUCCGAACCACAGAGGAGUUGACCGACGGUAUCAUUCUCUGGGAGAUCCUCCAGGAUAUUGACCCUCAGUACUUCCUCGAGGAAAUCCCAGAGCGCAGUGCCUCUGACCAUUGGGUCGCCAAGUGGCAGAACCUCAAGCACAUCCACAAACUACUGCUCAACUACAUUCGACACCAGAACGACGAUACCUUGCCCUCCGGUCUCGAUCCGUCCCCCGACCUCGAAUCGAUCGCAGAAAAGGGAUCAGGGAAGGAGACCAACAAGCUGCUGAAGCUUCUCCUCAUCGCAGCCAUCAGCUCCCCCAACGCCGGAACGUAUGUGCAAACACUUCAGGAAUUGAGUACUUCGACGCAGGAGGGACUCAAGGAUAUCAUCGAGGAAGCCCACAAUGGACAAUACGAACCCAUGGACGCGGCGGACGAGCUGAGAGAAGAUCUGGCCCGACACGAUCGCCCCGUGGAUUUGGAACUGCAGUUUGAGGAACGCGUCGGCAAGGUCCUGGCUGAGAACGACCGUCUCACACACGAGAAGAAAGAGUUGGAGAAGGCACUGGAGGAUUUACACAACCGAUUGGCACGUCUUCAGGAGAACAACGACACCUUGCAAAACCGGCUGGCCUCGACCGAGGACCGCCUGGUCACUUUGAAGUCAGGAAAGGGAGACAUUGGGUUCAACGCGAAGGCCCUGGAGAGCAAGACGCGCCAACAGGACGACUUGAUCGCCUCCCAGGAGGCCAAGUUGACAUCAGCUCAGGACGAAAUCGAUAGCCUCCGCAUGACCGUGGAGUCCUUGCGGGUCAAGAACCAACGCUAUCAGAAGUUGCAGGAUGAUUAUGACGAACUUCGCACUGAGAAGGACCAACUCGCGCGCAAGGCAAAUGCGGCUGAGAAAUACCGCCAGAAGCUUCAGGCCAGUCAAGAUUUCGAGAAGGAAAACCAGACUCUCAAGAAUCAGAUCAAAGAUAUCCAGCAACAGCUCAAGGAGUCCGAUUCACAGCAACGAUGGUCAGCCGAGCGUGAUGUCGAAUUGGAAGAAUAUCGCAAGCUGCUACCUCAAGUUGAGCAGGAGUGCAAUGAGAUCCAGAACUUGAAGAAACAGCUCGAGUUCAACAACCACGCUCUGACAGAACGGCUAGAAAGUGCAGAUGAACAACAUGAAAGAGAUGAUGCAUUGAUCAGCGAACUGCGCGAACGCCUCGGCGAAAUAGAUGGCUUGCCGGGUAGCCCAUCUCCCGGCUCCGAAACGUCGAAGAUGCAAGGGACUUUGCACAAGGACUUUGAGGCCAUCGGCAUGAAAGAGUCGCAACUCAAAUCCGAGAACGAUGACUUGAAACGGGAAAUGGAAUCUGUCAAGCCCUCUUCAGCACCGGGCUCUCAUACUGGAGGCUUCUCUGAAAGCUUCAAUGCCUCUGUGCAGUUGGCACGCUCUGGAACUUCGCAAAGCGAGGAUUACUGGAAGCUAUACGAGAACUAUACCAGCGCACUCCAGAAGAUUGCAGAAGUGCAAGACACUCUGGAGACAGCGAAGAGGGAUCUCUCCGAUACCCAAGCCGAGCUCGGUCUUGUGAAUAUGGAACAGGUUGAGAUGCUCAAAGGACUCGAGGAGCACACCUCGACCGAGCUUACCAGGAUACGGGGCGACUGGGAGAGCCUGACACAUAACGUCCACCAUCUAGAAGCCGAGGUAGACGCCAGCCAGACGCUUGUGCGCGAAGUGUGUGCCGAACGCGAAGAACUGCGCAAGAUGCUUGACAACAAGCAAAGCGAGAUCAGUUCCGAAGACCAGGAAGUGAUGAAAGAGAUGCAAAUGCUCUUGGGCGAGUUCGAAAUUCACAAUGGCGAGGGUGAGGAAGUACCGCAGAAGUCCAGCUUUGAGCUUCUCAAGCAGUGUGCUGGAGUCUUGGAAAAGAACGUUGAACGACUCGCCCAACGUGCAGAGUACAUCCAGCAACAAAACGAGCUCGUCAAAUCGCUUCGAGAGCGCAUGAAGAAUUACGAAGAGAACCUAGACGAUGGCAUCCCCAAAGAGCGCGAGCUUGAACUUCAGAAUAUCAUUGAGAACCAGGCUCGCGAACUGAACCUCGUGGGCUCAGCUUGGUAUCAUCUUCAAAGUCGUUGGCAGAACAACAACAUGACUGUCUCACGAUAUCGGCAUGGAAGCAGCACAGGGGAUUCCAAGGGCUGGCUGGCAAAGCAACGAAAUGCUGUUGCUGGUUAG